AUGUAUAUGAAGCAAUCAAGGUACUGUAUAUAUAUAUGUACCUUCGAAGGUACCUUCAUUCGUACCUUCGUUCGUAAUAAGUUUCGUGACAUAUCUAUACACUUAUUAAUAAAACCCGAACAUGUAUUAGCUCCUGUGAAGACGAAAGUUGACCUGACAAUAAUCUUACAACUCUCCCGACCCUGGCGCUACUUCCGGCUUUUGAUGAUAAUUCGCGCAUGUCAAUUGCGCAUCCUUCCCGCGACGAGUCAACGAGUCACUGAUGCUGUCGACGCGUUACGACGAGAACGGAUCAUCGCGGUUCCAACGGACACGCUGUACGGUUUAGCAGCGGGUGCACACUCGGACAAAAGCAUAAGGAGACUGUAUGCUGCCAAGCGAAGAUCCGAAACGGUCCCGAUCGCAAUAUGCGUUUCUGAUGCAAAGGAUGUUGAACGCUAUGCAGACACAAAGCAUCUGGCAGAAGGACUACUCGAUGAGCUUCUCCCAGGACCUGUUACGGUCCUGCUGUCUCAAAAAAGCUCUGCAGAUCUCCCGUCGAGUUUGAACCCCAACUCUAGACUUAUGGGCAUCAGGAUACCGAAGUCAGACUUCAUCAGGGCGGUGGCUAGGCAAUAUGGCCACGCGUUGGCACUAACUUCUGCGAAUCAGAGCGGCUCUGCUAGCACACUUGAUUUGAACGAGUUUACUGAGCUAUGGGAUGACUGCGCUUUCGUUUUUGAUGGUGGCAGGAUCGUAUCUGGAAGAGUAGGGUCAUCAAUAGUUGAUCUUUCCCUGCCUGGGACAUUUUCGGUGCAACGCAGAGGGGACAAGUACGAAGAUACAAGAAAAACUCUGAUGAAAUUCGGAUUGCGUCAGCUUCCUGAUUGAUCGAUACCUAGUAAUCACUCGACUAGUUGAUCUUCCGAAGAUUAAGCUUUGUUCUCGACCACCUCUCGAAUGGCUUACGUCUUACUGGUGAUCCGGUUAACUUCAGGCCCCAUCGUUUGUGAUCGUCUACUUCAUGGUUCGCAAGUGUCAGGCGUGAAAAAUAAGAGCUAACAAUGUAGAUAGGCAGCAAAUUACUGCCAGGCAGCUAUCUCUGUACAGGUUCCCUGUGCAUAAAAGGUAAAUCACAAAACAUAUUCAAAUCUUACUUUUGUCACCUAUUGUGAGUAGAGAUAAAACCCUUGGCGCCAAACUGUACAUAUUUUGUUGGUUGUCUGUGCGCUGUUGUGUCGAGUUCUUCCCGCAGGAAUAAGUUGUGAACAGAAGCAGAGAAAUCAUCGCUGUGCCACAUGAGCAGCUUUUAGCGGAAAGUUCUCUUUACUGCUAGUAGGAUACCAACCUGCAUCCAUGAACAAAGAAAAUCUUUCACAGCCUUUGGUGUAGUAAGUUCCUUGACCUCUUGAUAAGUUGACGAAACUGAUGUAACAGUGGAACGUGCGAAAGAAUGCUUGACCACAGUUCCAAGCUGCAAACAAGAAUGCUGGAACCAUAUCAUAUGCAUCGAUAAACGUCUCACCUGUAAGGGCUGAUAAAAGCACGCGACACCUAACUUUAGAAUUGCCCCGAGCUCUAGCCUGAGCAGCCAGGAAACUGUAGAAACACGGGCGCCACCAAUCAGCUUUCAAAGUGUGAAAAAACAAUAAUAUCCUCAGCUCACUUUUCAAUACACUUGCAAGAGACCACAU